AUGGGCGAAGCAAGCGAACCCAGGAGCUUUGCCCCAGAGGCAGAGGACCAGGAGGACGAGGGAGAGCAGGCCCACGAAGGCUUGCUGGAGAAUGACUUGUACCUGCUGACCCAGGGCCAGGACGACCACGACCGUGGGCAUUUGAAUGGACCGAAGGCCUCCGAGGGUCGCAGACCCGACCGCCGCAGGCGGCGCCCCCACCGCUCGCCGAGCGCGGGCGACGCCGAGGACGCCGCUGCGCCGAGGUUGGCUUUGCCUGCACCUGCAGAUGCAGAGACCGAAGAGCCGGGGGAACCUGAGCAAGCAGAUGAAGAGGACAAGGCCGCUGAACUGGAACGCGCGCGGAAGCGGAAGAAGUUUGAGUCCAAGCCAGUGGAAGCCAAACGUGAAGGUGAUGAGGACGCAGAUUGGAUCUAUUUCCCGUCUCUGGCAGCUGCGGCCCGCGAAACAGGCGUGCCAAAUAGCUCGGUGGCGGGUCUCUGCAGUUGGCAGGGCAGCCAUUCAGGCUGGCUGUUCCGGUGGCCUGGCGCAGAGCCUUUGGACAAGCCGAUGCCCACGAGGCGUAUUGAACUUCCAGCCGAAGAGACGGAGGCGAUCCUGAGACGGCUUAGAGCCAUGUCUGCGGAGGAGCGACGGUCUGCCCUUUCCGCCAUGCCGGAGGAAACGCGCAAGGAGCUUCUAAAAUACCUGAAGCAAGAGGCGGGUGGUAGCCGCUUGCGGCAGCUCUUGUCACACCUCCCGGAGCUGCUGGACAGUGCAAGCGAGCAGAAGCGAGCAGAGCUGAUGCAGGGCAUCCGCAUGUUGGAGGCCGUCACUGCCCAAGUGCUGGCGGCACCCGACAUGGCUGCUGUCGUGAAGAUCCUCCGCGAGUUGACGCCCCAGCAGCGGCACGCCAUCGUGGAGUCGCUGCCCGCGGAGACCCAAGAGGCACUUGCUGCCCACUUGUGUGCGGAGAAGGCGGCGCACGCAGCACAGCAUGCCAAGGACUGCCCGAAUGUCGAGGCUUUUGAGAUCUUGAAGAGAACACUUCUUCUCAAUGGUGAAGGCCUACCACGCCACGUCUCUUCCGAACAGCGAGUUCGAUUCCUGGCCUCACGCGCGGGCGUUUUUCGUUCAGAGCACGGCACUUUGUCCAAGAAGGAUGAGGACGGCGAAGGAGCGGCUCGCGCCGCCGUGCCUGCCAUGUCGGGUGCUCGGAUGUUCAGCAUUCCGAUUCGCAGCGCCGUCUUCCUCGGCGGCCUCGGCCGCCGUCUGAGGGGCUGUGCUCUGCAAGGUUUUCUUCUGCUGCAACACGCCGACCUGAUCGCUCGAAGGAACGAGGGUACCCUUGCCCCUGUUCCGACCGAGUCCGUGCGUCGCCUCUUCGUGGGCGGCUACAAUGACUGGAGCUGUGCGCUGAUGGAUUUACUGGAUGUCUCUGCGGGGGUGUGGGGCCUCAUUGGUGCCCUUGGAGCCUUCUACAUGCGAGAAGGCUUCUUGCGGACCUUCUACUACUAUGAGGCCUUGAGGUUGAUGUGCUGGUUCCUCAUGUACUUCUUGGAUGUUCCGUUGCUACUCAACUGCGAGCUGGGACGAGAUGACCCCAAUGCCUUCGUGGAGCGCUUCGGUGCUCACCAGGCGGUUCUGAAGAUCGCGGCCGAAGGCCAGUGUGACGAGGAGAGGAGCUUCUUCUAUGUACUGUCCUUCGCGUGCCUAGCGUUCUUCUCACAGUUCUUCUUUGCCACUCAGCGCCUCUUGUUGGACUUCAGUGAUGAUCCACGAUAUCUUCUGCUUUCAAAGGAGGGCCCGACCGGCAUCUUCCAGCAGCAAGUUGGCUCAGGUGUUCCUACGGCUGCCACGCCGCUGGUGUUUAGCGGAGUGAACGCGCCAGAGGGCUCACCCAGGCCCCUCGAGAACCUCGCCUGA